ACCUGCCCAUCGUGCAGAAUCACGUUUGCUCCCAAAUUGGAAGCUGGUGCCGAAGGCGGAGCAGUCCAGAAUGGCUGUCAGGAGGAGCCCAAGAAGAGCACCAAGGCUUCUGGAGGACCCAGUUCCAAAACGCAAAACGGACUGCUGAGUCCUCCCCCGGAGGAGAAGCUCACCAACAGUCAGACCUCCCUGUGUGAGAUCUUACAAGAGAAGGGAAGGUGGGCAGGUGUGAGCUUGGACCAGUCAGCCCUCCUUCCGCUGAGGUUCAAGAACAUCCGGGAGAAAACGGAUGCCCAUUUUGUUGAUGUUAUCAAGGAAGACAGCCUGAUGAAAGAUUAUUUUUUUAAGCCACCCAUUAAUCAGUUCAGCUUGAACUUCCUGGAUCAGGAGCUAGAACAAGCCUACAGGACCAGCUAUCAAGAAGAGGUUAUAAAGAAUUCUCCCGUGAAGACUUUUGCCAGUGCCACCUUCAGCUCCCUCCUGGAUGUGUUUCUGUCGACAACAGUGUUUCUGAUUCUCUCCAUCACCUGCUUCCUGAAGUAUGGGGCCGCCUCCACGCCACCCCCACCGGCUGCCCUGGUGGUCUUCGGAGCAGCCCUGCUUCUGGAGGUCCUGUCCCUCGUGGUCUCUGUCAGGAUGGUGUUCUUCCUGGAGGAUGUGAUGGCUUGUACCAAGCGCCUGCUGGAGUGGAUAGCCGGCUGGCUCCCGCGCCAUUUCAUCGGGGCCAUCCUGGUGUCCCUCCCCGCCCUCGCGGUCUAUUCACAUGUCACCUCCGAAUUUGAGACAAACAUACACUCCACCGUGUUCACGGGCUCGGCUGUCCUGAUCACCGUGGUGCACUACUGUAACUUCUGCCAGCUCAGCUCCUGGAUGAGGUCCUCCUUGGCCACAGUCGUCGGUGCCGGGCCCCUGCUGCUGCUCUACGUCUCUCUCUGCCCGGACAGUCUGAGGUUGGUUGAAUCCGCAGAUGCACAACCUGUGGACGCAGAGGGUCAACU